AUGUCCAACGACAUUACAGAUUCGUUUGUGGACCCAACUGCAAACAUCGAUGAAAGCGACCUCGAUGAUCUCCCGAGUGAACCGGACUCAGACGAAGUCACUGUCAGCGAAGAUGAUUUUGAAUCAGAUGCCGAAAGAGAAUGGAAAGAGAGCCUACAACAGCUCGAGUUGCUGCUGACAAUGGUCAUCGUGCCAUAUGCCGGCAAAUACUUUGGCAGGAAGUUUGCAUAUUGGGGUAUGCUCGACACCGGUGGUGGAGGAACAUAG